AUGCCCUCCGCAGCAAAUGGUACCAAUGGCACUGCCAAAUCAGCAGGUCCCAGUGCCAACGACAACAUCCAGAGAUUCGCUGCCCCAAGCAGACCUCUGAGCCCGCGUGCGGAACAUACCCUUUUCCACGACAAGACAAGAUGCUUCGUGUACGGUCUCCAACCAAGAGCCGUCCAGGGCAUGCUCGAUUUCGAUUUCAUCUGCAAGCGUAAGACUCCCUCGGUGGCCGGUAUCAUCUACCCCUUCGGUGGUCAGUUCGUGAGCAAGAUGUACUGGGGAACCAGCGAGACUCUCCUGCCAGUCUACCAAGACGUAAGCAAGGCUAUGGAGAAGCACAGCGAUGUCGAUACCGUCGUCAACUUUGCCUCGUCCCGCAGUGUCUACACCUCGACCAUGGAGCUCAUGGAGUUCAAGCAAAUCAAGUCGAUUGCCAUUAUCGCCGAGGGAGUCCCCGAGAGACGUGCACGCGAGAUCCUCCACGUCGCCAAGCGCAAAGGCAUUACCAUCAUCGGCCCUGCGACUGUCGGUGGAAUCAAGCCUGGCUCCUUCAAGAUCGGUAACACCGGUGGUAUGAUGGACAACAUCGUGGCCUCCAAGCUUUACCGCAAGGGAUCUGUCGGAUACGUCUCCAAGUCUGGAGGUAUGUCCAACGAGCUUAACAAUAUCAUUGCCAACACAACCGACGGUGUCUACGAGGGGGUUGCCAUUGGCGGAGACAGAUAUCCCAGCACAACCUUCAUCGACCAUCUCCUCCGAUAUGAAGCCGACCCCGAGUGCAAGAUUCUUGUGCUGUUGGGAGAAGUUGGAGGUGUUGAGGAAUACCGAGUUAUUGAGGCCGUCAAGCAGGGAGUGAUCAAGAAGCCCAUUGUUGCCUGGGCUAUUGGUACUUGCGCAAGCAUGUUCAAGACUGAGGUUCAAUUCGGACACGCUGGUUCAUUUGCCAACUCCCAACUCGAGACUGCCGCUACCAAGAACAAGUCAAUGAAGGAGGCCGGUUUCUUCGUCCCAGACACCUUUGAGGAUAUGCCAGCUACUCUUGCGUUGGUCUACCAGAAGCUUGUCAAGAACGGAAGCAUCGUUCCCCAACCUGAGCCAAUUGUACCAAAGAUUCCAAUCGAUUACGCCUGGGCGCAAGAACUCGGUCUCAUCCGAAAGCCUGCUGCAUUCAUCUCCACCAUUUCAGAUGAUCGUGGACAAGAGCUUCUGUACGCUGGUAUGCCAAUCUCAGACGUCUUCAAAGAGGAUAUCGGAAUCGGCGGUGUCAUGUCGCUUCUGUGGUUCCGCCGCCGUCUUCCCGAUUACGCCAGCAAGUUCCUCGAGAUGGUUCUCAUGUUGACUGCCGAUCACGGCCCGGCUGUGUCUGGUGCCAUGAACACCAUCAUCACCACAAGAGCUGGAAAGGAUCUGAUCAGUGCCCUCGUGUCUGGUCUGUUGACUAUCGGGUCGAGAUUCGGUGGUGCCCUUGACGGUGCCGCGGAGGAAUUCACCAAGGCUUUCGAUAAGGGUCUCAGCCCACGUGAGUUUGUUGACACGAUGCGCAAGCAGAACAAACUCAUCCCCGGUAUCGGCCACAAGGUCAAGUCUCGCAACAACCCUGAUCUCCGUGUCGAGCUCGUCAAGGAGUUUGUCAAGAAGCGCUUCCCCAGCUGCAAGAUGCUCGACUAUGCGCUUGCUGUUGAGUCGGUUACAACUUCAAAGAAGGACAACCUGAUCCUGAACGUCGAUGGUGCUGUCGCGGUCUGCUUCGUCGACCUGAUGCGCAACUGUGGUGCAUUCAGUGCUGAGGAGGCUGAGGAUUACAUGAAGAUGGGUGUCUUGAACGGUCUGUUCGUCUUGGGACGAUCUAUCGGUUUGAUUGCCCAUUACCUUGAUCAAAAGAGACUCCGCACUGGUUUGUACAGACAUCCUUGGGAUGAUAUCACCUACCUUCUUCCAUCUUUGUCAUCUGGAGCUCCAGGAGCCGAGGGUCGCGUGGAGGUUCAGUUGUAG